AUGCUCGCGUGGCUCACCCUCCUCAUGGGCCUUUCCAUCAGUCUACUAUUCGGCGCGACCACUGCAACAUCUGCCCAGUUCUUGAGCCCCGAGGCGCAGGCUAAUCGUACCGCACAUGGUCUGAUCAUCCUUGAGCGUUACUCGAUUGCGGACUUCUACUGGUCGUUGUAUCUAGGUCCUUAUGGUGUGAAGAUGAAUGCCUGCAAACCAGGAGACUUCAAGCUCGGCUCGCAGAUAGGUGAUUUCGACUACGAUCGCAACGACAUCAACAACCCCCCAAACCCACCCGCGACGGAGCUACCUGUUCCCGAGUGGAUGGGCCGCAAGGACUGCAACUGGAAGACCAACGGUCACGGUGAUGUCGGUCAGUUCGUAUGUGGCGACUGGAUGAUCUACGACUGUGAGCGAGAUGCGAGUUGGAACGAUGGAGCGAUCUCAUGUACCGGCCAAGGUUGGUCGUACCAUCGGGGAUACGCCUGCAAUUUCUAG